CUUCUCUCUCUCUUUUUUAUUUUAUUUUAUACAUGACAUGGGUUUUUUUCCCAAGUUACUUCGCGUCACGAAAUUUGCAGUUCAGUUUACUUGCUUUGCUCAUGCUUUUAAUCAAUAUGUUGCAGAAGUGACAUGGUGUGUUGGACCUUCCAUGUUACCCAACUUUAGUAUGUCGGGUGUAGUGGCUGUUGAACAUGUAUCACAUCAUUUCCGAGAAUUAGAAAUUGGAGACGUAGUUGUCUGUAUAUCUCCUGCCAAACCCGGGAGAUCUGUAUUGAAACGAGUGAUUGGCAUGCCUGGUGAUAAUAUAUGUGAGGAUCCAACAUUAGAAGAACGAAAAUAUAUCAGUGUACCAAAGGGCCAUGUUUGGGUAGGAGGAGAUAAUUUAAGCAAUUCAACUGAUUCAAGAUCGUAUGGACCAGUAGCGAUGGGUUUAAUUAAAGGGAGAGUAUUUGCAAAGGUUUGGCCAGAAGUGGAGAUAUUAAGAAAUAAUCUAGUACCUGUUUAAAGUGGAUCUUCUUCGUAUAACUUACGGUCAUUAAUGGUACCUGUUAUCCAUAAUCGGACUCUUUUACAACUAUCAGCCCUCGCCUAUUAAUUUUUCACAUAAAUAAAUUAUUACAGUUUCUCUCAAACUCUCU